CAUGCUUUCAAUUGGACUUGUGAUCUGAGAAGUGAGAAGCGAAGCUCGUCGGGGUUAACAGCAAUGGCCGCCGCGAAAAGGCGAGAUCGCCGGGCGUUGCCGGAUUCCAGCGCCGGAGGCCGGCCAGGAAAUCCGGCACGAACUCAUCGAACCAGACCGAUGACUUCUUCCAUCUACCGAUCGCCUUUCGUCUUCUUCUUCCCCUUCGCUCUCGUUUUUGUUCCUCUCGCCCUCUAUUUCAUUCUACGUAACCCUCGCAGUGUCUCUCCGAUCCUCUCUGUCUACGAGAGAGGCCUCGUCAAGCCCAACGUUGCGUUCCAUGAAAUCCUUGCGGAGCACUCUAGGGUUUCUGAAAAUCGGACGCGAAAACACUUUGAGAAUCCAGUCCUGGCGUAUGUUACUCCAUGGAACUCGCGGGGCUAUGAAAUGGCGAAGCUUUUCUCUUCAAAACUAACGCAUGUAUCACCAGUUUGGUACGAGCUGAAAAGCAAAGGAAAGGAUUUUGUUCUGGAAGGGCGCCACAAUGCAGAUGCUGGAUGGAUUUCGGAUCUCCAAAAGAAUGGGCAUUCUUUGGUUUUGCCUAGGGUUGUGCUAGAAGCAUUUCCUGCUGAGUUUAUCACUAAGAAAAAGCAAUGGCGAAAAGCAAUUGACAUUAUAGUGAAAGAAUGCGAGGAAAUGGGUUAUGAUGGGAUAGUGCUAGAGUCGUGGUCAAGAUGGGCUGCUUACGGUGUGCUUCAAGAUCCAGACAUGCGCCUUAUGGCGUUGAAGUUUAUUAAGCAUCUGGGAGAAGCAUUGCAUUCAGUGACAUCAACAACAAAUUCUAGCCAUCAUUUAGAGUUGAUUUAUGUCAUUCCUGCUCCACGUUCCCAAAAUCUUGGUGAAUAUGAUUUUGGACCUCAGGAUAUUCAAGAACUAAAGAAUGCAGUAGAUGGUUUUUCAAUUAUGACUUACGACUUCUCAAGCCCUCAAAACCCUGGCCCGAAUGCUCCUUUGAAAUGGAUUCAAUCUUCUUUGCAACUCCUCCUCAAUGAUGCUAAAGAUGGUCAUAUGAUCUUCCUCGGCAUCAAUUUUUAUGGAAAUGAUUACAUAUUGUCAGGAGGUUCAGGUGGCGGAGCAAUCACUGGCCGGGAUUACAUCUUUCUGCUAGAGAAGCACAAGCCAAGUAUAAAGUGGGAAGAGAAGAGUGAAGAGCACUACUUCAUUUACACAUCUAACAAUCAAAAGCAUGCUGUGUUCUAUCCAUCUUUGAUGUCAAUCUCUACAAGGCUUAAUGAAGCUAAGAAAUGGGGUGCUGCUCUUUCCAUUUGGGAAAUUGGUCAAGGUUUAGAUUACUUUUUUGAUCUUCUCUGAACCUUUAUUCUUAUUCAUCAUAGACAAAGGAAAAUGUAACAACACAUCCUGUUACUCAUCAUAGUUGCUGCUUGUGCUUUUUAACUUUUGUUCAAUAUGCUAGUAUGUUAAUCAAAGAGCGGGUGACUCUAA